GUUAGACUUCAUGAGCUAAAGUCGCUUGAAUAACCGUGAUUAAGAAAUGUGGCUAAGAAAGUGAACGUUAUUUAAAAGCAAAUUCUUGUUUUUUUCAUCUGUUCUUGAUUAAUUAGUAUUUUGGAUGAUAAAAUUGCUCAGAUUCCUUUUUCACAUCAAUCAAAUAUUAAUCUAAAAAAUGGCAAAACUAUCAACACCAAGCAAAGAAGAAAAUGGAGAUCAAGGUGGCGCCUUGCUCGAACCUGGAAUCUCAAUGUCGCUUCUUGGGCGAUUCAAAGCCCCAAGAGUAGCUACUGUUGUGCCCGAAGAAGAACGAGAGACAUGGUCAGGAAAGGUUGAUUUUUUAUUGUCAGUGAUAGGUUUUGCCGUAGAUUUAGCCAACGUUUGGCGAUUUCCUUAUCUAUGCUACAGAAAUGGAGGAGGUGCUUUUCUUAUACCAUAUUGUAUCAUGCUUCUCGUCGGUGGAAUUCCAUUAUUUUACAUGGAAUUGGCUUUAGGACAGCAUGAGAGGCGCGGUGCAAUUACUACUUGGGGGAAUCUUGUACCUUUAUUAAAAGGAAUAGGCUAUGCUGUUGUCCUUAUCGCAUUUUACGUCGAUUUCUUUUAUAAUGUCAUCAUCGCGUGGUCAUUGCGAUUUUUUUUUGCUUCCAUCACAAAUGUAUUGCCAUGGACUUCAUGUACAAAUGACUGGAAUACGAAUUCCUGCAAACCAUUUGAAGCCAAUUACACUCGAACAACGAUAGUCCCAACCUCAUUAAUUUCAACAACUGUUAUGCCAAUUCUAAAUAGCACGACAACCGCAAUCAGCAACCAAACCACUUUACUAAACGCGACUGUUGUAAAAAAUGUCCCACAAUCAUUUUCGUCAGCAUCAUCGGAAUAUUUUAAUCGUUACAUACUUGAAAUUCACAAGUCCAGUGGAAUCCACGAUUUGGGUAUCAUUAAAUGGGAAAUGGCGACAUGUCUUCUCAUCGUGUACUUAAUUUGUUACUUCUCGUUAUGGAAAGGAAUCAGUACGAGUGGAAAGGUUGUUUGGUUUACUGCUUUAUUUCCUUAUGUCGUUCUGUUGGCACUUUUAAUCCGUGGAAUAACUCUUCCGGGCUCUGGUCAAGGCAUCGCGUAUUAUUUAAAUCCAGAUUUCGAGGCAAUUUAUAGGCCUACAGUAUGGGUUGACGCUGCAACACAAGUCUUCUUUUCACUCGGACCGGGCUUUGGUGUGCUUUUGGCUUAUGCAUCGUAUAAUAAAUAUCACAAUAAUGUUUACAAAGAUGCCCUUUUAACAAGUUUCAUCAACUCUGCAACUUCGUUUGUUUCUGGUUUUGUAAUUUUCUCUGUUCUUGGUUACAUGGCACAUACAUCGGGACAAAAAAUCGAAGAUGUGGCAACAGAAGGUCCAGGAUUAGUGUUUGAUGUUUAUCCAGCAGCAAUUGCAACAAUGCCUGGUUCAGUUUUUUGGGCUUUGAUCUUCUUUAUGAUGCUGUUAACACUUGGCCUUGACAGUUCAUUUGGGGGAUCAGAAGCAAUCAUCACUGCACUCUCUGAUGAAUUUCCUAUAAUCAAAAGAAAUCGCAAAGUUUUCGUUGCAUGUCUCUUCUCGCUUUACUUUGUAGUUGGUUUAGCCAGUUGCACACAAGGAGGGUUUUAUUUCUUCCAACUUCUUGACAAAUAUGCCGCUGGAUAUUCGAUUCUCAUUGCUGUGUUAUUUGAAGCCAUUGCUGUUAGUUGGAUUUAUGGCACGAAAAGAUUUUGUGCAGAUAUCAAAGAUAUGAUUGGAUUUACUCCGGGAUUGUAUUGGAUUUACUGUUGGAAAUUUGCAGCGCCACUUUUUCUAAUAUUCAUUAUCGUUUUUGGAUUGAUUAAUUAUGAGCCACUUAAGCACGGAACUUAUGAAUAUCCAUUUGAGGCGAACUGUUUAGGUUGGGCUAUUGCAAUUUCAUCUAUGUCGAUGAUUCCACUGAUGGCAAUUUAUAAAAUAAUUAUAACACCAGGAAGCUUCUGCGAACGUUUGAGAAUCUUAACAACACCAGUUAAAGAUCAAGUUCUGCAGAACAUGAAUGGUGUGACAACUGAACCAGCACAAGUGAGAUUAAAAAAUUCAGAAGGUGAAGAAGUUUGAAUGAUGAAAAAAUCAAGGUUCAGUGUUUAUUAUGUAUAAAGCAACUUCAUAUUACCAAGCGCUGCACAUUGCUGUGGAUUUUUUAGAUUAAAUGAAUAUUUAAGAGAAAUUGAAGCAAUUUAAGUGAUUUUUAUUAAAAAUAGUGAAGCACAAAAUGCUGUGUAGAUAAUAGUUUAGAUUUAACAAUGCUUGCGAAAGCAGAAGUAAAAAUGUUAAUGUACAAUAAUGUUGAAAAGUUUCUGGCUUUAAAAGUGAAUAAUUAAUAUAUCCCAUAUAUUAUAAAAAUAUGUUAAAUUAUAAAGAAAAAGGCAAAAUCACUUUAAAUCACUAGCUAAUUUAAACAUUAUCAACCAAAUCAAUGUUGUUAAAUUAUGAAGAUAAAUUUUAUAAAACUUGGGGGUUUAUUAUAAGCAUAACGGAAAUUUAAUGUUUGAAUUGAAAUUUUUGAAAUUUUAAAUGUCGUUAUAAAUUAUUAUAGCAGAACUGCUAGAAAAAAAGCUUUUAAGAAGAGCUUUCAAUAUAUUAAUUCAAGUUCUAUAUAAUUUAUAUUGUUCCAAAUUGUUCUCGUGUUUGCCAUCAACAUCCAAUUAAUGUCUUUAACAUUGAACGAUAUUUAAGAGGAGGACAAGUUUUAUUAUUUUUAUUUUUAUUAAGUAAUGAAUGAAACAAAUCGGGACUGAUAUGCAAUGAAAUCUGAGAAGGACAAACUCAGGAUCCAUCGUUCAUUGAUUUAAUCUCUGAUUCAAUAGGCAAACACUACCCAAGCAAUAGUAAACAUGAGUUAAGAAGGCAAAGCAUAAUUUGGAACGAAUU